AGCGACAAGGACGAGAGGCAUGGUGAUGAUGACGUGGCGCAACGGCGGCGAUCCCGUCGGUGAGGAUGAUGACGGGGCACAAUGACGAUGAUCACGAUGAUGACGAUGAUGACGUGGCACGGCGGCGACGAUCUCGACGAUGAUGUUGAUGAUGGCCAGGUGACGACGUCGAAGCAGGGUGGGUCGGGACGUCGAAGCUGGGUGGGUUGGAAGGGUUCGAACCGCUCCGAUACCAGUGUAACGGGAGUGAGGCUGAGGGGCUUCGAUCGGAUUCUUCAAGGGAAGAAAGUUGUCGUCGCAGACACUGGACCAGGUGCCAGGGAACGUUACAAAGAGGAUUUGCAGAAAAUCCUCGUGCGGAUGACCAAACAGGAGUUACAGGAACUCUGUAAGAAAGACGACAUCACUUAUGUUACCAAGCAAACUACGGCAGCUGAAGUGGCUGAGAUUCGAGCCAUGAUCGCCUUUGGACCUGGCAGCGAGCCGGCUGCUCGGGACGUGCAUCCGAGUUGGAGGAACGAUAGACCGCGUAACCUGGUCUACCAACGAGAUCCGGACAUGUCAGCGCUUCUGAUGGAGUUGGUGAGUGAGAGAAGGGAAGAGAAAGAACGACGUAAGAAGGAAGCCGAUGAGAAAGAGAAGGCAGAACAAGAUAAGCGGAUGGCUGAGGAAGAAGAGAAGACGAAGUUGGAGAAAGAAAGGAAGGCGGUCGAGAAGGAGCAGAGAAUGAAGGAGUUCAUUGACUCUGCUAUCUCUAACAAGGACCAAGGGUCAUUGUCCGGGAUAGAGUUGUUGACCAAGAUCAGCGAAGACAACAAGAAGAUAUGGGUGGAAAUUGAGAACAUUGGUCGAGGGAACUUGAAUCUCGACAGACAGAAGGAGAUUGAGGGCCGGCUAUCUACACUGGAGAACGAGAAGAGGAAGACCAUGGAGACGAAGGGAUCGCCCCCGGAACCCGCCAAAGGCAAACAGAAGGUAGACGGUCCGGACGGACUGACAAUCGGAUUGAUGGCAAUGGAGAUGGAUAACCUUCGACGUUUUCGAGACAAGGCCGAAGGGGUAUUGAAACGAAUCUGUCAGGACAUCACAGAGAUCAAGACUGGGCGCGCUUCUGAGUUACAGGAACUCUGCAAGAAAGACGACAUCACUUAUGUUACCAAGCAAACUACGGUAGCUGAACUGGCUGAGAUUCGAGCCAUGAUCGCCUUUGGACCUGGCAACGAGCCGGCUGCUCGGGACGUGCAUGCGGUGCCGUCCUAGCCACGGCUUCUUCGGAUCGUCUUUUUAUGAUGAGCUUAUUGGGGAAGGUAAUCCGGGUAAGGAAUUUUUUGCGAUUGCAAGAUAGGAGGCGCUGGAAACAAUCCGAACUCUUGUUACGACGGGUUAUGUUGUUUUUUAUUUUUUGUGGAAUUUUUCCAUGGCUUAAUAAGUUUCAGGAUGAUUGGAUUGAGUGGUUACGUAGGGAACAUGAUUGGUCCAAGUUUGAUUGUUGUACGUAUAUUUUAAUAUCCCCCUGACACAGGGCUUGCUAUAUAGGUAAAACUCAGCGGUCAUUAGAUGAGAGAUGGACUUAACGUGAUGGGAGGAAUCAUAAAUUGAAAUCUUGGUUAAAAACGAACGGUUGGGAUUCUUAUAUCGCUCUUCCAUUAGUCUCCGCUCGAAGGGAGGAACUAGAGGCAGUGGAACAAAGUCUGAUCAGACGA